GAGGCUAAGCUCAUGCAAACAAACAUGGCUUCCUCCAAAAUGGCUGACGGGAGUACUACAGGAAGUUCGCGAUCUUGAGGGAACCGGAGCUGAGACAGUGUUCCACCUACAGAAUUUUGGUAUCAAUGCCUCUACCUUAACUUAGCUACACUCCAGUAGAAAUGUGGAGAGCGACAGAGAAAGCAAAAUAUGGUGUCGUGAUUCAUAAUUACGAUGGAAACACACCUCACGGACUUCGCAUCAAUGUCGGCGAAACUGUUCACAUUUUCGAGGCUUGCGAAGGCUGGUAUAGAGGAUGUCUGCUUCGGAACAAAAGCCAAAAAGGAAUAUUUCCAGCAUCAUAUGUUUGCCUCAAGGAGUCUGAUGUGGACUAUAGGGGGACAUCAUAUGAAGUUGUGAUUCCGAAGGAGGAUGCUAUUGUAAAGGAGAUGACGUCAGUGUUGAGGGAGUGGUCAGCAAUAUGGAAACAGCAGUAUGUGGAAAACAAGCUCCAGCUGUUUGUAGCACUGAGAAAGAUCAUGUGGGACAUGGUGGAAUACCGUCAACAACUGCUGUCAGGAACACUUACUCAGGAUCAAAUGGAUGAGAUCAAAGAGAAAGCAAUUCAUAAUAUUGAUUGGGGAAACAGUAAGAUGGGGCUUGACCUAGUGCCAAGAAUAAAUGGAGAAAUGGUUGAUGCUGAUUCGUGUAGUGUGGUUCAUCUAUAUCAAGUGCAUUUGGAUAGUGAAGAAGCAAGCAACACAGUAACGUCAAGAGGCACAAUCAAGCGUGCCCCCAAGGCCAAGACCAAGAAUGUCACCACCCAGCAUCAUAUCUACUUUAACAUGAACAGUUUUAUGUGUAAUGUGGAGGAGAGUUGUGAGGUCUUCUUCUCUCUCUACAAUGGCAAAAGUUCAAAGUUCUUCAGUGAGCGUUUUAUGGUGUCAAUUGGUAAACACUUCAGCAAUCAGAAGGUUAAUCAACUGCAGAAAGUCAGCAACUCCACCUGUGUUUUCACUGAUCUUGGGAGUGUGGAGCUUAGAAGCACGGAUACCUACCUUGUCGCCCAUCUCAUUAGAGUUGGUAAAAUGCUCCCUGAAUCCAAGAAGGUAUCAAGUGUAUCCUAUAGAAGACCAUAUGGCUGUGCUGUGCUGGAUAUUGUGGACCUAUUACAAGGAAAAGAAGAAAUUGAGAACAGUGAACUCUUUAUGCCCAUCCAAUUCACAAGUGAAACAGAGUUCCUAACCAUUCAUGAAAGUAUCAUAAAGAAAUUGCAGUCUAAAAAUGGAUUACCAGAGUCCAGUACAGGCAUCUAUGUUUCCAUGCGCCUACUCCAUGGCGAAUUGGAAAAGAUCCAACAAGAGAACCCGUUACUGUUCCCAGAGGGUAUUGCUGUUGCCAGGAAACUUGGUUUUCCAGAAAUUAUCAUGCCAGGUGAUGUGCGAAACGAUGUGUACGUUACGAUAGAAAAGGGCGAGUUUGAGAAGUCGGGAAAGACAACGGCCAAGAACGUGGAGGUCUCCAUGAGCGUGAUCGGCGCCAAUGGGCGGCUCAUUGAGGACUGUAUAUAUCUAGGUGCCGGCGGCAAGCCGUGUACAGAAUAUGAGUCAUUCAUAUAUUACCACAACAGUAGUCCCAAGUGGAACGAGACAGUCAAGGUGCGGAUUCCAUCUGACAAGUUCGAGGGCUCCCUCCUGAGGUUUGGAUUCAGACACGUGUCUAAAUUCGAAGAGAAGCACAAAGAACUGAAGACGUUCGCAUUCUCGUUUGUCAAGCUGAUGGGAGAAGAUGAGACAACAUUACCCGACGGUUCCCAUGAGCUCUGCAUGUACAAGUUUGACUCGAAUUCCUAUUUCGACUCCAAAGCCUUUAUCAACAUGCCGUCACUUGUAUCUGAAGUGGGGAACAUGAAGUACUCGCAAAUGGAAAGGCUUAGCCGAAGCAGCAAGGACUCAUUCUCUGUGCGAACUCUGGUUUGCUCCACCAAGCUCACGCAGAACGUUGAUCUGGUUGGUGUGCUAAAGUGGCGGAAGCAGUCAAAUCUUCAAGCUGUCGUCAACUCUCUUUUUAAGAUCGAUGGCGAGGAGAUUGUCAAGUUCCUGCAGGACAUCUUUGACGCGCUUUUUUCCAUUCUGAACGAGAGUGUCGAGGAAUACGGCAAUCUCGUGUUCCAGGCCAUGGUUCACGUGAUAUGGAUCUUGUCCAAGCAAAAGUACCAGCAUUUCCAGGCGGUGCUCAACACUUACAUCGAGAAGCAUUUCAGCGCCACUAUCGCCUACAAGAAGCUCGUUAGUUGUCUUAGACAAGCUCUUGAGCCCGCGAAUGAUGGCAGCGGUAUCGACUUGCUCAAGAAAACCAUGACGUCGUUGGAGUACGUUUUCCGCUUUAUCAUCCAAUCUAGAAUGCUAUACACCAGCCAUGUCAGUGAGAGUGAUAAUGGUUUCCAGAAUCAACUGCGUUCUGUCUUUUUGUCGCUCAACAAGUUGUUGUCGCUGCGCUCCAGCGAGCUCGUCCCAAUACAGGCCCUGGCUCUUGUACAAUUCGCUGCUAUCUACAAAGAUGCCCUAAAAGUCUUCAGCCGAGUCGACUUCAGCAUCAUCGUUAAAGACUUUCUGAACAGCGUGAUAACGGACUCCAAGUCUAAAGCCCUGUCGCGAGCUAAACUAGACUGUAUCACAGCGACCGUCAAGAGCAACCUCUUCGUCAACCAAGACUCCCGUGAGGUCCUGGUACCCGUCAUUGUUCAGCACAUUCACUAUUACCUGUCACGCAAGACAGAGAUGAAGACAUGUGCUCACGUGCUUGGAGAGGUCAUGACGUCACUACAAUCACACGCUCAGGGUGAGACGGAUGAGGACGUGUACCUCGUCGUCAAAACUCUUCUGCAGACUUUGAUUCAGACGGUCAAGACUGUCGAUCGAGCAGGGGCGCUAGCGCGCCUUGUUGUCGCGAUCCUUGUGAAUUUGCUGCGGUUGAUGCGAGAAGACCACUAUCAGCGGUACUUGUGCGAGUUCCAUGGUCGUAAGGAGCUAAGAGAGUUCCUCUUUAACGUGUUUGUGGUGUUCACCGAGAUGGUCCGCAGAGAUAUCUUCCCUAAAGACUGGGUCGUCCUUAUUAUGCUUGGCAACAAUGUUAUUUUGACUGCGAUUCAGAACUUUUCGCAAGCUCUAUGUAAAGAAUUUUCCGACGAUAACUUCGAAUUUCAGUUAUGGAACUACUACUUUCAUCUUGGCGUAGCCUUCUUAACGCAGUCGCAUCUCCAACUCGAGAACUUCUCGGAGUCAAAGAGAAACAAGAUCAUAGACAGAUACGCCGAUAUGCGCCAAGUGAUGGGGUUUGAAAUACGAGACAUGUGGGACCAAUUAGGUGAACACAAGAAGCACUUUAUCCCAAAUCUGAUUGGCCCAUUGCUAGAGAUGACGCUGGUCCCAGAGACUGAGCUGAGGCGCUCCACCCUUCCCAUCUUCUUCGACAUGAUCGAGUGUGAGCUGCAGGGAGACGGGUUCAUACACCAGGUAGAGAAUGAGAUGGUGAAUAAGCUGGACCGUAUCGUCACCGCCAAGAAGAAGGGAGACGAGGAGUACAAGGAGCUCUUCCACGACAUUCUGUCGGAGAAGGUCAAGUCUGUGCUGGACGGGGAAUUCCAGGAGGAGGGAGUCGCGUUCGUGGAGCGAGUUACUGAGCUACUGGGUCUGCUGUUAGAUUUUAGGAGCUGCUCCAAGGACGACACGACUCACCGGCGAAUGAGUUGUAUAGUCAGCUUACUUGAGUUUUAUCGUCGUAUUGAAAGGGAAGAUAUGUAUAUCAGAUACAUAAACAAUCUGUGCGAACUUCACAUUUCCGCGGAGAAUUUCACAGAGGCGGGGUUUACUCUUCUGCUAUAUGCAGAAUUACUCUCCUGGGCUGACAGGCCGAUAGACGCGUCCAAGACGUCGAUCACCGAGAGGCAACUGAAGGAGAAACUCUACUUGGACUCCAUCAAGUUCUUUGACAAGGGCAAGUGCUGGGAGAAGGGGAUUGCACUGUGCAAGGAGCUGGCAGAGCUCUACGAAAACGAGCUUUAUGACUUCGUUAGACUCAGUGAGAUUCUGAGAUCAGAGGCGAAGUUUUACGACAAUAUCAUGAGCAAGCUGCGGCCUGAGCCCGAGUAUUUCCGCGUGGGACUCUUCGGCAAAGGAUUCCCGACCUCGAUUAGGAACAAGUCAUUUGUGUACCGAGGACUUGAAUACGAGAAGAUGGGUGACUUCAAUCGGAGGAUGCAAGCGCAAUUCCCGGAUGCCCAGAUGAUGGACAAGCUGACGGAUCCAGAAGCCGACAUUCUAGAGUCUCCUGGCCAAUACAUGCAAACCUGCCGUCUCUUGCCCCUGUCUGAUCAUGAAGACCGCUUCAUGGGCCGCGAUGUCGAUGAGAGGAUUACCAGUUAUUACAAGGUGAACCACGUUCAGCGGUUCACUUUCGAUCGUCCAUUUCACAAAGGAGUUAAGGACAAGUCAAACGAGUUCGCGAGCCUUUGGCUGGAGCGUACUUCCAUCACUAUCGCCUCGCCGUUGCCCGGUAUUCUCAAAUGGUUUCCUGUCAUAUCCACUACAAAGGAGGAAAUCAGCCCGAUCCGUAACGCCGUGGAGACUGUACAGAACAAGAAUGCCGACCUACGGAGCCUUAUCGCGCGCCAUACGGCGGACCCGUCACUCAGUAUCAACCCCCUGAGCAUGAUACUGAAUGGGGUCAUCGAUGCCGCCGUCAUGGGCGGGACGGACAAAUACACAAACAUCUUCUUCGCCCCGGGCUACAUCCUGUCCAACCCCGCCGAUGAGAAGUAUGUGGAAAUGCUGGAUGAGGCCAUCAAAGACCAGAUCCCCAUCCUAGAGGAAGGUCUAGCGCUCCAUCAACGUCAGGCCACCAAAGACCUGAUGCCGUUCCACCACAAAAUGACACACAUGUUCGCCAAGAUGCGUGCUGACGUCACGGGAGAGGAGUAUAUACCCCCUGAAGAACCCCAGGUUCUAACGCCGGAGCCUUCGCCUGCGAAGCCCAAAGACAGAAAGCUGAGUCUCCAAACUAAGAAGCCUAGUCCAAGCCUCGCCCGUCGUCCCACGGCUAGUGUAGCAGGCGAACAUCCGGACUUGCGUGACUCACGGGAAUCACGUGACUCUCGGCACAGCUUGUGGUACGACUCCAAUAAGUCCCCCGUAAUGGGCUCCACCUCCACGUUAAACAGCUCCAUGACGUCACUCAGCAGCAGCAUGUCAUCGCUGAGCGCCUUGAGAGAAGAGGACGAGAGCGCCCCGCCCAUCCCGGACAAGGAGGGCCGUCCGCCGUCCGACCCGUCUGUGGACAGGCUGGUGCUGGUCCGCCCUCCCUCGGACCCCGUCGCUGACAGGAUCUCGGCACAGUCCUCGCUCGGCUCGCCGUCUGUUGUCGCGCAGCGUAAGAAGGAUAACAGGAGCUCUUCGCCGGCUGGCAUGAUCCGAUACGCGGAAAGAAGCAAUUCGCCUACGACCAGGAAAGAGCGAUCAGGUAGCUCUCUCCUAACCACCGAUAUCGACGAGUCUUACAUCCCGCCACCCCUGCCUCCCAGACGCUCUAUGAUAAUCGGCCCCAUCUCUACUCCACCCAUGGACGGGGUGGACGCGCCUGCGAGUCCUGCAAGUCCCGAGGGUACCCCUCCACCGUUACCAACCAAAGCAAGAGAUAGCGUGAACUUUGGAGAGGAAAGGAGGGAGGAGAAGACGGAUCCAGACGCCGACGACUACGGCUUCCCCAUCCCCCUCCCCAUAAAACGCUCGAGCACCGUCUCCAGAGGCUCCUCCGACUCCUCCAGCGUGGACUUCGGCGAAAUCAUCAUGCGCCGAAACCCCUACGACAAAGUCGCAUCGCCCGACACAAUAUCGAUUGCUGACAGCGUGUUUUCGCGCUCGUCCAUGACGAGUGCGGGCUCGCGCGCCUCGCUGGCGUCACCCGAGGGGACGCUCACUCCCUCCUCCGCCGGCAUCUCCCCAACGCCAACUUCACAAGGCGAUAAAUUCCGUUACGAUUCGGUCCCUGUGCCAACGGAAGAGAAAGAUUUCUCCUCUGAUGAGCAGAUACCAAAGCGUUCGUCCCCCGAUGGCGCGGAACUUCCGCCGAAGCCUUCGGGUUCUUCUGGUGAAAUCUCAUCGAAAACCCCUGACGUUGAGGCAUCUCGUUCGCCUCCCACAUCGGGGGAUUUCUGGUCCUCACCUCCACCGCCGCUAGGUCUCUCGGGCUGGGAAAAUUUCAUAGUUAGUGCUCCUGAUAAUUUCUUCCCGUCUCGAUCUUCCACGAUCACAGGUUCGUCAUGGUCGUCUUCAUCAACGACGACGACAAAACAUGUGAAGACAGUCAACGGUAAAGUGGUAUCAUCGUCGUCUUCAACUAUUUCAACAUCAUCAGGAAAACCAAUGACUUCUGAAGGUCCGACCGUGACGUCAUCGAACCCGACUGUUCGAUCAGUUGAAGCAAAUCCUCCGCUUCCUGUCAGAUCCCCACGCCCGACUCCCUUACCCAGAAAAACGACGUCAACACCGGAGAAGCGGCCCGACGUCAAGCCGAGACACGUUGUGGGCCCCGAACGCCCGCCGAAGCCCUCGAGGCAGUCAGUCAAUUCACUCGUGCCCCCACCGAAGCCGAAGCCGUACUCUGCGAAGUCUCCCGAGAGUUCGCCGGGACCGAGCAGGAAGUCUUGAUAAUAUAAAAUAAAAAAGUAUGUGUCGAGUAGCAUACGCAAUUAAGUAAUUGCAAUGAAAUUGUCAAAGAUUCGAAUUAUAGAAAUAUAGUUAAUAACUUGCGAAUGAUAACAUUACAAAUAAAUUUGUAUCGCCGGAAUUAUAUCGAUGCAAACAAGGCACAUUUUGAUUAUGCUAUUUAAUAAUUUUUGUCAUAUAUAUAUUUUAGACAAAGAAAAAAUUGUAAAUUCAAAUGUAUUGCAUUCUCGUGAUGUACUCAUUUUUAAAAUAAACCAAGUGUCGCUAGUGCGAAUAAAACAAAAACAGUCAACAUAA